CCACUACCUUUUUCGCCCGUUCCCGCUCCUCCUACGUCCUACCCCUCCCACUCCUAUGGGAGCCGAAAGCGGCGCUUCUGAAGGCCAGCCGCGGGUGCUUCCGCUUCGCGUUGCUCCUGCCGGCUCCAGAAGGGAAAGCGGCGACCGCUGUUCCUACGCCGCAGUCGCUGUCCUCAUGGCGCUGGCAGUGCUGCGAGCUCUGGAGCCUUUCCCGGCCGAGGCCCCGCCGCUAGCGGUUCUGCUGCCGCCUGGGGGGCCGUGGCCGGCGGCGGGGCCCGCGGGCCUGGUGCUGGCGCUGAGGCCGGCGGGGGCGGGGCCCACGGGGCCGGCGCUGCUGGUGGCCGCGCUGGAGGGCCCAGGAGAGGGUCCCGGGCCGGAGCCGGAGCCGGAGCCCGGGCCCCCAGAGCUGCUGGUGAGCCGGACGUUGCUGCGGCUCCUGGCGCUGGGUUCUGGCGCGCGAGUGCGGGCCCGGCCCGUGCGGCGGCCCCCGGCGCUGGGCUGGGCCUUGCUGGGCGCUGCGCCGGGCUCAGGCUCCGGGACGGGCCCGCGAGCGGGGCCGGUGCUCGUGCGGCGCGGAGAGGCAUUGCCUGCGCUCGGGCCCCGGGUGCUGGAGACGCGGCCGGCGCUGCAAGGGCUGCUGGGCCCCGGCACGCGGCUGGCGGUGACCGAGCUCCGGGGACGGGCCGCCAAGGGGGUCCCCCUGCCCGGGGACAGCCGGCCCCCGCUGCCGGCCCCGCCCGUGGUGUCCUCCUUCGCGGCCCCCAGCGUGCCCCGACGGCUGCAGGGCAUCUUAGGCGGGGCGGGGGAGGCGCUGGGGGUCAGCAGGAGCUGCUUGCGGGGCCUCGGCCUCUUCCAGGGAGAGUGGGUGUGGGUGACCCCGGUCAGGGAAGGGGCCCCAACCCCCCGGCCUCACCUGGCCAAGGUGCAGGUCCAGGACCCUCGCUGGAAUCUCCCCGAGAAGCUGGGACCCGGGUCCCCGGAGCUGGGGGAGCCCCUCGCCGACGGGAUGGCCCUGGUGCCUGCCAAUCUGGCUUUCAAUCUCUCCUGUGAACCCCUGGAAAUCGGGGAGCUCAGCGUUCAGAGAUACUCAGAAGGAUUCAGGAGUCCUGAGAACAGAGGAAGCUGCUCAGUGCUGUCUGGGCCUCCAUUUGCUAGAGAGCUGCACAUUGAAAUCGUGUCCUCCCCCCACUACAGCACCAGUGGCAACUAUGACCAGGCUCUUUAUCUGCACUUUGAGACACCCAGGGUAGUCCAGGAAGGGGAUAUUCUGUGUGUGCCAACAGUUGGGCAAGCAGAUGUAUUGGAAAGAAGCCCAGAGAAACUGUUCAGGUGGCCUUUUCUGUUCUUCAAAGUGAAGACAACCGUUGGGGAGGCCCCAGAGGAACCAACCACUGCAUAUCUGGCUGAUACAAGCCACACGUCCUUGUACCUGGUGGGUUCUACUCUGAGUUUUGUCCCGUGGCUCCCUUCAGAGGGGCAGGGUCUCUGGAGCAGCUUGUCCCCUCCAGGGCUGGAGACUUUAGUGACACAACUCUGUGAUAUCCUGAGGCCAAGACUCCAUCCUGGGGGCUCUUUGUUGAUGGGGACCAGCAGUGUCCUCCUGCGGGGGCCACCGGGCAGUGGGAAGACCACAGCCAUCACUGCUGCCUGUGGCCGCCUUGGGCUCCACUUAUUCAAGGCAGACUGCUCAAGGCUGUGUGCAGACACCAGUGCAGCAGUGGAGAGCAAGCUUCGGGCCACUUUCUCCCGGGCUCAACUUUGCCGCCCAUCUGUCCUGCUUUUGAGAGGUGUGGAACUCCUGGGCUGGGAACGGGAUGGCCUGGGCGAGGAUGCCCAUGUGGUAGCUGUGCUUCGACAUCUUCUUCUGAAUAAGGAUCCCCUCAUCAGUUCGCUUCCUCUGCUGGUUGUUGCUACAACAAGCUGCCCCCAGAAUGUGCCUCCUGACGUGCAGAUAGCAUUUCCUCAUGAGCUGGAAGUUCCCAUGCUGUUGGAGGAGCAUCGGCUCAGCAUCCUGCAGGCACUAACUGCCCGCCUCCCCUUGGGCCAGGAAGUGAAUCUAGCCCAGCUGGCGAGAAGGAGUGCAGGCUUUGUGCUGGGUGAUCUCUGUGCCUUGUUGGCCUACAGCAGCCGAGCAGCCUGCGCCAGGAUCCAGACAGGUGUGAUGGCUGCUGGCAGCUUGAGUGAGGAAGAUGAGGGGGAACUGUGUACUGCUGGCUUUCCCAUACUGGCAGAGGACUUUGGAGUAGCACUAGAACAACUACAGAUGGCUCACUCUCAGGCCAUUGGGGCCCCCAAGAUCCCAGCAGUAUCCUGGCAGGAUGUGGGAGGGUUGCAGGAUGUGAAGAGGGAGAUCCUGGAAACGAUUCAGCUCCCCUUGGAACACCCUGAGCUGCUAGACCUGGGGCUGAGGCGCUCAGGCCUUUUGCUGUAUGGACCUCCAGGCACUGGAAAGACUCUCCUGGCAAAGGCUGUAGCCACUGAAUGUAGCCUCACCUUCCUCAGUGUGAAAGGUCCUGAGCUCAUCAAUAUGUAUGUGGGCCAAAGUGAGGAGAACAUUAGGGAAGUGUUCUCCAGGGCUAGAGCUGCUGCCCCAUGCAUCAUUUUUUUUGAUGAGUUGGAUUCUUUGGCUCCAAGUCGGGGGCGAAGCGGGGAUUCUGGCGGUGUGAUGGACAGGGUGGUCUCCCAGCUCCUGGCUGAGCUUGAUGGACUUCACAGCAGCCAAGAAGUAUUUGUAAUUGGAGCGACCAACAGGCCUGAUCUCCUAGAUUCUGCACUGUUGCGGCCAGGCAGGUUUGACAAGCUGGUGUUUGUGGGGCCGAGUGAAGAUCGGGCUUCCCAGCUUCGGAUUCUAAGUGCCAUCACACGAAGGUUCAAGCUCGAGCCCUCUGUGAACCUGGUGAGCGUCCUGGACCGAUGCCCAGCCCAGCUGACAGGUGCCGAUUUGUACUCCCUCUGUACUGAUGCAAUGACAGCAGCACUUAAGCGAAGGGUCCAGGACAUUGAAGAUGGUUUGGAGCCAGCUAAUUCAGCACUGCUUCUUACCAUGGAAGACUUGGUCCAGGCUGCUGCCCAGUUACAGCCAUCUGUCUCUGAGCAGGAGCUACUCCGUUACAAGCGCAUCCAGCGCAAAUUUGCAGCCUGCUAGGAUCCCUUUGGGCUGUACCCCUAGCCCUAUCCUCUCCACCAGCCCUGGAACAAAGUCAGUGACCCAGUUGGAUUGGGCAGUGCAAAUCAGUCCUCUUCAGGCCACGUAACCUGGAGAAGCUUCCCUGCCCAGCUCUGCCACCUUGUUGUGGAGGGAAGACACUGUCACCUAAGCGUGUGAAGACCAAAUGUCAAACCAGAGGUCUAAACUAAGAGGUCAGGGCUGCAGGGACCUGGGGAGGUGGGGAGUGAUAGGACCUGACAGAAAAUUCUACUGUCCCAAGUUCAUCCUUUAUAGUGUUUGCCCAGUGUUGGAGUUUGAGCUCAGAUUCUGCCCCCAUACAUUACUGUCGAGUGACCAGUCAUCACUUCUGAGACCUGGGUGAAGCAUGCCUUCCCCAGUUUCUGGUCAGAAACUAUAGGUGUAAGAUGAGACAUCUUUGCAGAUAUGGCCUAUGUGUUUUGUUGCUAUGGAGAGUUCUUUGGAGAAAAAGUCAGUGGGAAGUGGCA